AUGGAACUUGAAAAUAAAGCCAAGUGGGCAUUGAAAAAGUUAAAUCUUGAUUGGGCCGAAGCUGCUAAUCUAAGGAUGACACAACUCAACGAGAUGGAAGAGUGCUAUUUUCAUGUCUACGAAAAUACAGCCAUGUAUAAAGAAAGAAUGAAGUUUGUUCAUGAUAAGAAGAUUUUGAAGAGAGAAUUCAAAUCCGGUGACUUGGUCUUACUCUUCAACUCAAGAUUGAAGUUAUUUCCGGGCAAACUGAAAUAUAAAUGGUCUGGCCCGUUCAAAGUUGUGAAUGUAUCUUCCUAUGGCGCUAUUGAAUUAGAAUUCGAGGACAUGACCCGAACUUUCAAAGUAUAUGUCCAAAGAGUCAAGCAUUACCUCAGAACCAUUGGACAAAGGAAACUGGUAGAACAAUUCGCACUCAAGGAUGGUCCGAUACCAAUCCCCACCACUGAUUAG